CGCCAUGUGUCAAUGGAUACUGUGACGAGAUAUCAGGUGGAUGUACAUGUUCAUCUGUGAAUUGGGCCGGUGAACUAUGCAGUGAGUGCAACAGAACAUUCUAUGGGCCUUACUGUUUGCCAAUUCCUACAGUUCUCCUUGUUGCCCCGUCAACAGGACCUGACAUAGGUGGCACUGUGGUCAACGUAAUCGGGCACAAUUUUGAGAACAGUAGUGAUGGUUUGUAUAGAUGUCGUUUCGGUGAUAUCGAUGGGAUUGGUCAGUGGCUGUCACGUGAAAAAGUACGUUGUAUAAGUCCAAAGCAAGUUGGCGAAGUUCCUGUAAAUGUAGGAAAACCAGGAGGCGAAUUUACAAACCAAAGAGUGAAAUUCAAGUACCAUCCUACAUGUCCAAGCAGUGCUUGUGGACGAAAUGAAACACCACCUCAUGGGAUUUGUUUGUUUGGACAAUGUUCAUGUAUUCUACCCUGGGAAGGAGAGUCGUGUCAGGAUAUUGUAAUUGCGCCAUUGUUUAAAGAUGUAAAUCUUACCUCUGCCAAGGAAGGAAAGAGAUAUGAAGCUCAAAUGGAUAUAAAACAGGGAACUAGACCAGUAACAUGGCAGCUGCUAAAUGGGCCUUCAGGAAUGUCUCUUGAUCCAAGAUCCGGUUUAUUAGUUUGGCCCAGGACUUUGGCACAGAAGGAACCUUAUGACGUUCGCAUGCGCGUAGAAAAUGUCAUUGGUUCGGAUAUCUUCACAUUUAAGCUGAGCGUCCCAUUUAGCUACAAUGCCACAGUGACGUCAUUGUCUGUCAGUGGUAUCUUAUCAC